UGUGUUAGUUGCACAUGCUAUUUAAAUUAAAUUUAUGUGUAGCUGUGUGACAGUAGCUCUGUGUGUCUGUAGCUCUGCGUUUUAUAAUGUAGUAUCAGCCAUUUUCCUUUCAGUAAGAACAUUUAAUGUGGAUGCUGUUGUGUUAGAUGAGCAUAUUGUUUAAAUGGAAGAUGUCUUAAAAUGGAUGACUGUGUCAGUGAUGGAUUUUAAACAUUUAUUGAUGGUUUUGGUUUUGUGUUUAUGCCAAUGUCCGUUUGCUGUUAGCUUUGUUUGAUGUUAGCCUUGAGUGAAUUAACUUUUUGGGUAACUACAGCUAACUUUUGUUAAACUUGACGGCUAAUGCACAAGUGGUUGAUUAAAAGAAAUACUGUGAAAUGUAAAACGCAGUGCCGUGCAUGUGAGAUGGAUUUUUAACAUUUGUUGAUGGAUUUUGAUGAAGUAGCAUGAUUUAUGCUGAUGCUAAUGUCUGUUAGUGGUGUGUUUUGUGAUGACAUGUUGCCUUAUGCUAGCUUAGGUGAUGACUUUUGUGCUGCUAACUGUAGCUAACUUUACUGUGGUCAAACGGGAUUCUUGCUGAUGCUAAUGGGAUGCAGUGUUAUUGAACACAGCUAUAUUUGACCUCCAUUUAGCUGCUGUUCAUCAACUGUAGUCUGACUGUAAUGUGAUGUGUUGAUUGUUGUGAUGCUGUUCAGUCCUGCUGAGACUGAAAUUACAGAGUGUAUGUGUGUGUUUGUCUCUGUGUUUCUGUCAAUGUUAUUUAGCCCAGUUGGGGUGUAGAUUGAUUUGUGUAAUGUAUUAAUUGUAUUUAAUAUGGAUGCUUUUGUGUUAGUUGAACAUGUUAUUUAAAUUAAAGCCAUGUGUAGCUGUGUGACUGUAGCUCUGUGUGACUGUAGCUCUGCGUUUUGUAAUGUAGUAUCAACCAUUUUACUUUCAGUAUGAACAUAUAUUUAAUAAUGCUGUUGUGUUAGUUGAGCCUAUGUUGUUUAAAUGAAAGCUCUGUGUAGCUGUGCGUCUAUACCUUAGAGAUUUGUAAUGUAGUGUCAGCCAUUUUCCUUUCAGUAAGAACAUUUAAUAUGGAUGCUGUUGUGUUAGAUGAGCAUAUUGUUUAAAUGGAAGAUGUCUUAAAAUGGAUGACUGUGUCGGUGAUGGAUUUUAAACAUUUAUUGAUGGUUUUGGCUUUGUGUUUAUGCCAAUGUCCGUUUGCUGUUAGCUUUGUUUGAUGUUAGCCUUGAGUGAAUUAACUUUUUGGGUAACUACAGCUAACUUUUGUUAAACUUGACGGCUAAUGAAUAAGUGGUUGAUUUAAAGAAAUACUGUGAAAUGUAAAACGCAGUGCAAUGCAUGUUGGAUGGAUGUUUAACAUUUGUUGAUGGAUUUUGAUGAAGUAGCAUAAUUUAUGCUGAUGCUAAUGUCUGUUAGCGGUAUGUUUUUGUGGUGACAGCAUGCUGCCUUAUGUGCUUAGGUGGUGACUGCUAACUGUAGCUAACUUUACUGUGGUAAACUCAAUUGCUAAGGCACAGAUGCUUGAUUUAAAGAAAUACCGUGAAAUUUUAAAGGCAGUGCAGUGGAUGUGAGAUGGAUAUUUAAUAUGGAUUUUGAUUUGUUUAUGCUAAUGCAGAUUGAUUUGUGUAAUGUAUUGAAUUGCAUUUAAUAUGGAUGCAGUUGUUAGUUGAUCAUAUACUGUUAAAAUGAAAGCUCUGUGUAGCUGUGUGUCUGUAGGUUAGAGAUUUGUAAUGUAGUGUCAGCCAUUUUACUUUCAGUGAGGACAUGUUUUAAUAUGGAUGCUGUUGUGUUAGAUGACCAUAUUGUUUAAAUGUAAGAUCUCUUAAAAUGGAUGACUGUGUCCGCCAUUUUAUCAUGUUAGACAUUUAAAAAAAUAUAUAAAAAAAUUAUACAGCAGCAGUUUAUCCAGGAUAUGUAGAGAGAAGUGCUGUUGAUUUAAAUCUUAUAGAUAGCCUUCUCACUUGACAGUGUGAUCUGGUACCCUCCUGCUUUGACAACUGCGAUUGACCUGCGAUCUGCACUGCAUCUGUGAUCCUCUGAUCCAGAACUUGUACACUACACACAAAGAUACAUUCAUUCAAUUGUGAACACACAUAACCAACUGAUCAACAAAUUUCUGAUUCCAUACAUACACACGCAUACACAUAUUCACACACACACACACACACACACACACACACUUGAUUAUUUUAGUAGGUGUCUGUCUACUGCUUCCAAGGUAAGUUCAGCUAUGUAUGUAUUUGAAGGCUGAGGCCAGAGUAGUGUGGCUUUUGAGUAUGAUUAGCAUACAGUCAGAGUGAUUUGUAUGAUUUCUUUGUGAAUGUUGAAUUAAUUUGUUUUGGUUGUUUGUCUAUGUUUUUAGAUGCCCCGUGCCAAGUCCCACUGGCGUGCCCAGGCCAUGAAGAGGAGGAUGAUGACGGCGCAGACUUGGACUCCCCUGCCACCUGUCCCCGAGUUUUGUGCUCGUGCAGACGCCAGGGAGCUGAGGACGGAGGUGCUGCGUGCUGCUGUUCCGUGGACCCCGGAUGCUGUGUGUGUGCUCGCCCCAAGCAACGACCUCACUGCCAGCAGGACCAUCAGUGAGGCGGCGUUGGACUUCGGUGCGCUCCUGACCACCGUCUGCAGCCGCUGGCCCAAGGUCUUUGUGUUGGACUUCCCUCCCCGUCUGACCAUGGACCUUGGCUUCCAACGGCAGCUGCGUCAGGAAUACCACCGUGUCGCAGCACGCAUGGGUCUCCCCUAUGUGUCUGUGGUUUGAAGGUUUCCCUUCUUCUGGCUCUGGCUGCCCUGCUGAUCCGCCAGCUGGGCAGCGUCAGCCGAGAGGUGUUGCUACAACGCGCAGAGGACGAAAGCGGCGGGUUCCGGCAACACCUGUGCCUGCCCUGUGACCGAGUCUGCCUCCAAGCCCGGCCCAGCAGUCCAGGAGGUGCAGGUCACAGCCCAGCCGUCCGUGGAGGUGGUGGAGGAGGUUGCUGCAGCGUGCCUUGCCGUGUCGAUGAAGUCCGCCAUCCAGGAGGGAACCCAGAUGUCACAGAGGAUCUGCACAGAUAAAGAUGUUUUUGUUCCUUUUGUUAGUGUUCCUGAUGUUAGUGCAGUUGUGUCAGAGUCAGACAGUCAUGUUGUGGCAGCAGAGGGUAGCAGAGGGUUUAGGCUGGGGAAGGUUGUGAGGGGAACGUUUCACCAGGGAGAUGAGCAGUUUGUGUAUCGAGGGCGGCAGUGUAUGGCUAUAGCUUUGGCCAGCUUAGCCAAACACACAUUGUUGAGUGUGUUGUCGUGGGAUAGGUUUGAUGUUGAUAGCGUGUUGGUUGUAGGUGAUGAGUUGUACACUAGUUUGCGUGACCUGAACAUUUUUAGCCACAAAUCAAAUCUGCUGUCUGUUGGAGAUUUGCCAAAGCAGUUUGAGGUAGGGGAGCAGCUGUUUAGCUUUAGCCACGGUGACACAGUGUUGGGUGAAGUAGGCGUGACUGAGGGUGAACACAUCGAAAAUGGUGUGUUCAUCAGUCUGAGAAAUGGACUGGAGAGGAUCUUCAGUCAGUAUAGUAAAUGUAUUAUGAUACUGUGUGGGAGUAGUUCUGUCAUCAUUUGUGAGGAUGGACGGUUUGCUUUGGUAGACAGUCACUCGCGUUGUGACAUUGGGUUAGUGCAUAGUGAUGGUAAAAGUGUGGUGUUGCAGUUUGAUUGUCUGGAUGAUCUCUAUGGAUACAUCUGUUGUUUGGCAGACAGUCUCAGUUCUAGGCAGAAGCUCUUUGAGCUGUGUGGCGUUAGUGUCAGUGAGGGUGCAAGCCCAAUGCUGUCUUGUGUUUCUGUGGAGAGCUGUAUUACUGAGAUGAGUACUGUUCCAGUGGCAGAGUCUAGUGAUGUUUCUGAGGCCAGGGUAAAACACAUUUCCUCAGGAAAUUGUGUGUCUGAGUGUGGUGUUGGUGUAACUGUAAGUCCAGCACUGUCUGGCAUUUCUGUUGUGACUUUAGCUAGUCAGGUGAGCAGUGGUUCAGCGGCAGAGUCAACAGUUAGUGAUGGUAGAAAGCGCAAAAUUUCUUCUCGCACUAGUGUGUUGAAGAAAUUAAAGACAUUUGAUGUUAGUGAGGUUAAUGCAGAUGUAGAAUUUGUUAGUGCUGCAGCAAAUGAGGAGCUGCUCUUCCAACCUCUUAGCGUAGAUGUCUGUAAAGCUUUGUGUAGUAAGUUGAAUAUAGACUUUGGGAAGGUCAGUGGUUCGGUGUCCACAAAGGUGGGGCUGUUAGGAGUCCCGUGUUUAAACGAGAGGAUUGUGGCUGAUGGUAACUGCUUCUUCAGAGCCAUCUCUCAGGCUGAGAGUGGCUCACAGAAGCACCAUCGCAAGAUUAGGCUAGCUGUAUGUAAGGAGUUAGAAAGGAAUGCAGAUAAGUAUGCAAGUCUUCUGAGAAGUGAGUAUUCAUCUGUUUCAGAGUAUCUUCAGCAGUCCAGAAUGAGAAAUGUGAACAGUUGGGCUACAGAGGUAGAAAUCCAGGUCACAGCAGAUUGGUUAGGAGUUAGUGUGUGUACUUUUUAUGAUGGACGUUGGUUGAAGUACAAGUGUAACACUACGUGUUUGUCAGCAGAGUGUAUUUAUGUAGAGAAUGUCAUGGGACAGCAUUUUGAGAACACUGUUUGUGUGCAUAAGCCUGGACUGCAGAUUUGUUAUAGUUACUGUAAACUUAGUGAUGUGUCAGGUUAUAGCAUUAGGUCUAGAGUGACAGAUGUUGUGGAUAGUGAGAAGUUAGCCGUUGGAUGUAAUGAAUGUGUAGGGUCUGAAGGCGUAGGUCGUAAGCCUGUAAAAUCAAAGUAUUUGAGGCAGAGAAAAGGGACACAGGAGAAACUCAGUAGGUUGCUUCGGGAGAGACGUCAAGUAAAGUUUAUGAAGAUGUAUCAGGAAAACGUAUUGUAUAGAGAAAGUGUUAAAGCAAGGAGGGUUAGUAAAUAUACAGAGAACAUCCAGCACAGGCAGAGGCUUAAAGCAAUUAGUAAAGCUAAGAGUAUGGCGAAGUACAGAGAAAGCAUGGAGCACAGGGAGAAAGUUAAAGUGGCGAGUGUUCGUAAAUAUAGGGAAGACAUCCAGCACAGACAGAGGGUUAAAAUGAUGAGUGUUGGUAAAUAUAGAGAGAACAUCCAGCACAGAGGGUUAAAAUGAUGAGUGUUGGUAAAUAUAGAGAGAACAUCCAGCACAGACAGAGGGUUAAAAUGAUGAGUGUUGGUAAAUACAGAGAAAGUGUUGAGCACAGAGAGAGGGUUAUGGAUAGCGCCAGGUUGAGUAGGAAGCAGA